UCUAAAACCCUAUACCCUUUCUUCUCUAUAUACUGGGCGGCCUCCAUUUUCUUCCGCAACUCUUUCUAACAAGUACUGAUUUUUUUUGUUAAUUGUUAGAAGGGUUUAGAGAUGUUGGUUCUGCAUGAAACUGCUGCAGGCUUUGCCCUUUUUAAAGUCAUAGAUGAAUCCAAGCUUUCUCAAAUUGAGGAUUUAGGGAAGGAGUUUGCUACCGCUGAUUCUGCUAGAAAGAUUGUAUCGCUGAAAGCUUUCAACAAGUUUGAGAAUACAUCAGAUGCUCUCUCAGCAACUACUUUAUUGAUAGAGAGCAAACCGAGCAAAGGACUACGGAAGUUCCUGAAAGCCCACUGCCAGGGUGAUACGUUAGCUGUUGCUGAUUCUAAACUUGGAAAUGCAAUAAAGGAGAAAUUGAAAAUUGAUUGCAUUCAUAAUAAUGCCGUAAUGGAGCUAUUAAGAGGGGUCAGAAGUCAGCUGACUGAACUCAUUUCUGGCCUUGGAGCUCAAGAUCUGGCUCCAAUGAGCUUGGGUUUAUCUCACAGCUUGUCGAGAUACAAGUUAAAGUUCAGUGCUGAUAAGGUAGAUACCAUGAUUGUUCAAGCCAUUGGCUUGUUGGAUGAUCUUGACAAAGAGCUUAAUACAUAUGCAAUGAGGGUCAGAGAAUGGUAUGGUUGGCAUUUUCCUGAACUUGCAAAGAUUAUACAAGACAAUAUACUUUAUGCUAAGUCUGUGAAGUUGAUGGGAAACCGUGUCAAUGCGGCUACCUUGGAUUUCUCUGAGAUUUUGCCCGAAGAGGUCGAGGCAGAGGUUAAAGAAGCUUCGGUUAUUUCAAUGGGUACUGAAGUCAGCGAUCUCGAUUUAAUUAAUAUCAAGGAACUCUGUGACCAAGUUUUGUCUCUAUCGGAAUACAGAGCUCAGUUGUACGAUUAUCUGAAAAGCAGAAUGAACACAAUUGCUCCAAAUUUGACUGCUCUCGUUGGCGAGCUUGUUGGAGCCCGUCUAAUUGCCCAUGGUGGAAGCUUGAUAAACCUUGCAAAGCAGCCCGGGAGCACAGUUCAGAUUCUUGGAGCCGAGAAGGCGCUUUUUAGAGCUUUGAAAACAAAGCACGCAACCCCGAAGUACGGGCUUAUUUAUCACGCUUCCUUGAUUGGACAGGCUGCCCCUAAACACAAGGGCAAAAUAUCUCGUUCCCUUGCUGCUAAAACUGCACUAGCAAUUCGUUGUGAUGCUCUUGGAGAUACCCCCGAUAACACUAUGGGUCUUGAAAAUCGGGCCAAGCUUGAGGCGCGUCUAAGAAACCUUGAAGGUAAAGAGUUGGGACGGUCUGCAGGAUCCACCAAAGGAAAACCACAAAUUGAAGUCUAUGACAAAGAUCAUAAAAAGGGUGCAGGAGCACUUAUUACCCCUGCAAAGACUUACAAUCCUGCGGCGGAUUCUAUCCUUGGUAAAAAGAAUGGUAAUUUGAUGAUGUCAAUUGAAAACGAGGCUGAGGAAACAAAGAAGACAAAGAAAGACAAAAAGAAGGAUUCUGCUGUAGAGGAUGAUGUUGCCAACGGCAAUGAAGAUGAAAAGUCGGCUAAGAAAGAGAAAAAGAAAAAGAAGCAAAAGGCCGAGAAUGGUGUUGACGAAAACGGUGAGGAGAUGACUAAAAAGGAAAAGAAGAAGAAGAAGAAGAAGCAGGCCGAGAAUGAAGACGAUGUCGAAGCAGGAGAGAAUGAAAAGAAAAAGAAGAGAAAACAUGCUGACGAUUCACCUGAACCCGUGAGCGAGAAGAAGAAAAAGAAGAAGAAGAGCAGCAACGAAUAAGAUAUUUUGCGAUGAAUUUGGGCAAAUCUAACAAUUUUGGCGAUCAUCUUCAACGAUGGGAUGAUAUUCUUCCUUUUGUACAAUUGGUUUGUUGCUGAGGUUUCGUUAGUUAGUUUUUCGUGUUAGUCUAGCUAUAUUCUUGUUCGUGUAUGCGCCAGUAUGGUUUGUUUAAGAACAAUACCAGGAAUCGCGUAGAAUUUGCAUUUGUAAGGUGGAGAUUAGUAUGUUUUGAGUUUAUUCAUAUAGUUUUCUGUUAUUGGAUUGUUCAUAAUGAAGCUUGCUAUUCAGUUAUCA